CGCGCUCCCAUAGGCUGCUUCCCCCGGCAGGCGCGCGCCCGCGGCGCGGCUCUUCCUACCGCGCUCGCGGGGGCGCGCGCUGCCCGGGCCGUGCGCCGCUGUCACCGCUGCCCGCGCGCCGCUCCCCGCCCUCGGCGCGCGCCCUGCCCGCGCCCCGCGCCCCGUCCCCGCCAGCUCCGCUCCGCCGCCAGCGGGUUCCUGCUUCCGUCUCCUCCCGCCGCUCCCCGCCCGCCAGCCCCGCCGCCCCCCCGCCCGGUACCCGUGGCAGCGGCAGCGCGAGCUCCGCCGGCGGCGCCGGCACUCCGAGACUUGUCUAUGCUUCAAAAUGAAAGUGAGGAAGAAGAAUCCCCGAAAGUAUUAAUUUGAACAAUAAUUAUUGCUUUUACUAAUUUCACUGACUGCUGGAAUAGUGGAAUUAGAUGUCAACCUCCAACCUCCAUGAUGCAGUUCUGUUUCCUUCCUUCUGUCACGGACAGGAACUGUUGGAAGAAUACCAUCUGUUCCUGAUGACUUGUUAUAUCAAUUUUGUGGAUUUUUGAUUGUCUGAUCUGCUAACACUCUUGUUUGAGACAGACCAACGCUGCCUCUGAUGAAGAAGAUACCUGAUUUAAUAUAAAUGAAGAAUGAUGCAAUAUUAAUGCUUUCUAUGUACAGCCUUAUAAGAAUCUUCUUUAAGGAGUUGCAGUAAGACAAAUACUGAAAAUAAUUUUUCUCUGGUACAAUGUGUUGAAGCAGAGGAGCUGGAAUUGUCCACCUUUGUACAAGUUAAGAAAAUGUUUGCUAUUUUGUGAGUGGAAGCAGCUCUGGAGUGAAUUGAACUUCUGAAAAUGCGGCCAUGGACUGGUUCCUGGCGUUGGAUUAUGCUCAUCCUCUUUGCCUGGGGAACUUUGCUGUUCUAUAUUGGGGGGCACCUGGUACGAGAUAGCGAGCACCCGGAUCACUCCAGUCGGGAGCUGUCCAAGAUCCUUGCUAAGCUGGAACGGUUAAAGCAGCAAAAUGAAGACUUAAGGCGCAUGGCAGAAUCUCUCAGGAUACCAGAUGGUCCCAUUGAUCAGGGACCAGCUGCAGGAAAGGUACAUGCUUUAGAGGAGCAACUUCUAAAGGCCAAAGAACAGAUAGAAAACUAUAAGAAGCAGACAGGAGAUGAAGGCCUUGGAAAAGACCAUGAAAUACUGAGAAGGAGGAUUGAAAAUGGGGCUAAGGAACUUUGGUUUUUCCUCCAGAGUGAACUGAAGAAGUUAAAAAAUCUAGAAGGAAGUGAACUGCAAACACGCAUAGACGAAUUUCUGUCUGAUUUGGGUCAUCAGGAAAGGUCAAUAAUGACCGACUUGUACUACCUCAGUCAAACAGAUGGAGCUGGAGAUUGGCGAGAAAAAGAGGCCAAAGAUCUAACAGAUUUGGUACAGAGAAGAAUAACUUAUUUGCAGAACCCGAAGGAUUGCAGCAAAGCUAAGAAACUUGUGUGUAACAUCAACAAAGGCUGUGGCUAUGGCUGCCAGCUUCACCACGUGGUGUACUGCUUCAUGAUCGCGUACGGCACGCAGCGCACGCUCAUCCUGGAGUCGCAGAACUGGCGCUACGCCACGGGCGGCUGGGAGACCGUGUUCCGGCCCGUCAGCGAGACCUGCACCGACAGGGCGGGCUCCACCACCGGCCACUGGUCAGGUGAGGCUAAUGAUAAGGAUGUUCAGGUGGUGGAACUUCCCAUUGUUGACAGCUUACACCCACGGCCACCCUAUUUGCCCUUGGCUGUCCCUGAAGACUUGGCUGAUAGACUAAUUCGUGUACAUGGGGAUCCUGCAGUGUGGUGGGUCUCACAGUUUGUGAAAUACUUGAUUCGUCCACAGCCUUGGCUAGAAAAAGAAAUAGAGGAAGCCACAAGGAAACUUGGUUUCAAACAUCCAGUGAUCGGUGUUCACGUCCGAAGGACAGACAAAGUGGGGACCGAGGCAGCGUUUCACCCCAUUGAAGAGUACAUGGUACACGUGGAAGAGCGCUUCGAGCUUCUUGCUCGCAGGAUGCAUGUUGAUAAAAAAAGAGUGUAUUUGGCUACAGAUGACCCGUCCUUGUUGCAAGAGGCAAAAUCCAAGUAUCCAAAUUAUGAAUUUAUCAGUGAUAACUCCAUAUCCUGGUCAGCAGGACUCCAUAACCGAUACACUGAAAACUCCCUAAGAGGUGUCAUUCUGGACAUUCACUUCUUGUCUCAGGCAGACUUCCUGGUCUGUACAUUUUCAUCCCAGGUUUGUCGAGUUGCCUAUGAAAUUAUGCAGACGUUGCAUCCAGAUGCUUCGGCGUAUUUCCAUUCUUUGGAUGAUAUCUACUACUUUGGGGGACAGAAUGCUCACAACCAGAUUGCUAUUUAUGCUCAUCAUCCACGAACUGCUGAUGAAAUUCCUAUGGAACCUGGAGAUAUAAUUGGAGUAGCUGGAAACCACUGGGAUGGUUAUUCAAAAGGCAUCAAUAGGAAAUUAGGAAGAACAGGCCUGUACCCAUCCUAUAAAGUUAAGGAGAAAAUUGAGACAGUCAAGUAUCCUACAUACCCAGAGGCUGACAAGUAGAUUAAAAGGAAGACAUUCAGCAGUUAUUAUAAAAAACUCAGUUUUGAUUGGUUCAAACCAGUCAACAACACACUAACUAUUGGUUUCUAUGGGAUUCGAAUUUGCGUUUCAUCAUGCGGUUAAAAUCAAAGCCUUUGCAAUGAAACUGGACAAGAAGCUGAGAACAAGUGGAUGGGCUAUUGUCUGAACUUACUCUUAAACAUUUUUGUUAUAUGCACUCUCACACAUGCACACACAAACCCACGUACAACAGGAAAACUGUUGUUUUAUACUUCUUGUCUCUUUUCAGGAGUUGUCCCGGUCAUUAGUCUUACAUGAGCUCUGGGCUCUUUUCUCCGCCAUUAAUUGACAAUAAUGUUCAGACUUACAACACUGCCACAUUGUGUAAUUUGAGUGACAUGAACAUAUUUUGUAUGUGCAAAAUUUGAAACAUGGUGCCUAUAUUUGAAAAGUUUGUGACCUUUUUAGAAGAGCCAUGCCUGUUUCACAAUGGGCAAGAGUCCACUUUCAUCUGGUGUUACUGUGACCACUGAACUUGCUUCAAACAACAGAUUCAGAUUUCAGACUAGAUUUCUUUACAAGUUUGGGGUUUUUUUUAGCAUUCCAUUGAUUACUUCUCAUCAUUAAUAAAAUAAAGGUUACAUCCAACAAUCAAGUAGUCACUGUCUCUUAGGAGCUUUUGUAAACAAUGCCAUGAACAGAUUCUUUAGUAGUGAUAUUUUCUGGACAUUGCCUUUGAUUGAAAAAACCAACAACACAAAAUCCACAAAAGAAGGGAAAAGUAUCCUGAGUUUCACUGAAUUUUAAAACGCUUGUGUAGUACAGCAGUUGCAUAGGACACAGUGCUGCUCAGCUUUGUGGACAGUCAAUAACAGCAGGAUUAUUUCAGUGGCUAAAUUGCUUACGUUUACCCUCUGACACUAUUUUCUUUUCUGUUUCUCUUCUGAAAGUAAUUCAGGAUUUAGGGUAUUAUGGAUGGCCACUUAGCAUUUUGGCAUUGAAUGUCAUUACUUUUAAGUAAAAUACUUCAGUUUAUCCCAUUUAUAGAACCUGUCAGUCUGGACUACUUUAAAAAAUCUAACAGCUUACCCAAAAAUAGUAGGUUACAAGAAAAUAUACAAGGAUGAAGUUUUAUGCAUGUCAUAAGAUUAUUAGUACUUCUUACUGUUUUGAAAUCUCUUGCCAGUCAGCUCUCAUUAAGAAGAGAGAUAAUUUAUAAAAUAAUUUUACAAAUAAAUUAAUAGAUUUGAUGGUUGUAUAUAUAGAUACAUAUAAUAUGUAAGAUGACAAGAGAUUGUUUCCAAAUAAAAAGAAUAUUUAAUAGCAUUUUAUAGCUUCUAGUGCAAUCCAAUUUGGAUUACUGGAGAGCAGAAAAUGUUUACUGUUCAGAGGCUGAGGAAAUGCCACAUGAGUAAAGGUUAAAACAGCAUGGCUAGUUGACCUUAACAAAACAAAAAUAUGCUUAAUUAUAUUUAUGAAAAGACCGAGGACAGUGUUUACAUAGCGAAUGGAUGCACUUGACCAUGAAUAAAUUUUAGGCUGAAAACAAAAAGGAAAUCUCUGGCAAUGUGCAGUUCAGCAGCAGGCUUUCAAUUGAAGUAGUGCUGAGAUGGAACUGGAUUGGUAUGUGAAGGAAUUACAAAGUAGUACUUUCUGACAUUACUUUCAGGACUGAUCCUGUAGAUCCCCUUCAGUAAUAUGUCCCUCAAAUAUUUUGCAUUUUGAAAACGAACAAUAAAAUCAAAGUUGAAAAUCUCUGGGGGAAAAAAUAGACAUUUAUCAUAGUGUUAAAUAGACAUUUCAUUGAAAAUGAACUUAGGUACCAAAUGAGAUAUAAAGACUGAUUGAAAGAUAAUGGAAAGUUAGUAAGAGCAGCCAGGAAGUGCUAAAGAUGAAUUUUUGUGACAAAAGAUGCCUAGUCAACUGAUGUUUCUGUAUUUUGGAUUUUGGAGCUGCUAAGGAAGCAGCUUUAUGUAAGUGUCCUGUCUAAGUGAUACUGAUAAAUUUUCCAUUAAUUCAGGCAAAUACGAUAUUUCAGAGGUACAAAUGUAGGCUAAGUAAUUUACUUUUUUUAACUUUAUUUUGAGCUGUACAUGUAAAGCUAAUGCUACUUUCCUUUUCAACUUGAAAAAAAUAGAAACCCAUGAACAUUUCUUUCUCAGCAAUUAGGUCAAUGCUUUUUUUUUUUCAAAACUAGUUCAAUUGUUUCUCCACAAUUACUACAUUAGCUAAUUGGUAUACAUUUAUAGAUUUUGAAAAUGUUUUAUUUUUAAAGCUGUUUACUUACAGCUUCAGAGCCCAUAAUUUCUAGCUCAUUUCUUAGAGUGUGAUUCAGAAAUAGUAUUAAUAAAUAAAUUGACAGUAAAGUUUUCCUGUAGUUAGGUAACUCAGUUAAAAAUACAAUGAAAGAAGAGAAAUAACAGCAUAUCUAAGAUGAGCCUAAAGGCAGAACACGUGUGGUAAGGAGAGAACUGAAAACACUGAUGUUGUAGAAGCUGUACCUAUAUAAUGUGGCAAUUCCUCAGCAGAUUCUAUCUGACAAAACAUUGGCAAGGUACACAUGCCUCCUUACAUAUUCUAAGUACCUAAUGAAUUAUUAGGUCAUCAUCUUUGAGAAAAUGAUCAUGAAAUUAUACAAAAUUACAGCAUUACUGUUAUCAAUUCAGAAAUGUACUAAUGUAGAUGCUAUGAUCUUAUUCCCCAGGGUCAUAUGAUACUCUAGUGCUCAAAGUUCAGUACUUCUCAGAGGAAGAAAUCUAGCAAUUCCCUGCUUGCUGGAUGCAUGUUUCUAGAGAUUUGUUUCCUUUAAGACUACCAAUUAGUUAUGUUUUGGAAUCCUGGGACAUUGGUACAUUAAAACUGAUUUUGUUUUAUAGUAAACAAAAUGAAUAUUUGAGACUUUAUUCUCGCUGUACAGUGGGGUCCAGGUAAUAUAGAAGGAUCGAUGGGUAUGUGAAAAAGAGACCCCCAGAUUUUUAUUGUAGCUCACAGAAAAGUGAAAUAAUAGGAAAUAAAAAUUUUGUCUUGAAUACCUGGGAGAAAGCUGAAUCUUUUGAAGGCUACGAACUCAGUAAGUUACUAGCCAGAAUGCUUGUGAGGAAGCAAGCAUACAUCAUGUUUCUUCUGUUUACCUUGUAGCACUGCAGCAAUCCAGUCUUGGAAUUUUUGCCACAUACCAAACACCUUCUCUGAUAUCCUUAAAACAGCAAGCCUUCAUACCCCCUUAAACAGCUGCUGUUUAAUUAAAUUUUUUCUCUUUAAGAAACUUUGGUGCGUGUGUGUGUGUGUGCAUGUUGCAUACAUAAAACCCAAUACGAGCAGCGCUCUUGCGUUCUUUGCUAUUUUACAUCAUCACUGUCACAUUGUCUAAGAACUUACUUUUCA